AUGGCCGAAUCCCACAAAGGCUCAGCCGCAGGCGAGCAAGAGCAGUUGUCUCGCGACCUCACAACUUGCACAGUCGCCCCCGAGAACCCCAUCCAAAUCAAUCAGAUCCAGCACCGCCUUCACCUCCUCACAACCUGGUUUGGCAGCUUCGAAAAGGCCAAAAAUGCACUCGCAGGCAAGACGGUCGUCGAAAUCGGGUGUGGGCAAGGCGACAUGACCGUCGCGCUCGCCUACAUGGUCUCCGGCGCGGGAUCACAACCGGCGGCGGAAGGCAAAGUCCUCGCCAUUGAUCCCGCUCCACUUGACUACGGAGGCCCGUACACGCUUGGGCAAUCGCAGGGCGCCCUGACUGCUUCUCGCCUGGGCCCGUACAUCGAAUGGAUCGCCAAGGAUCCCGUGGACGUUUUGUCGAGUUUUGCCCAAAAGCCGGAUUACAUUGUCCUCGCGCACUGCCUCUUCUACCUCCCGUCUGCAGACUAUCUAUCUACUCUCUUACGAAGCUGUAAAGCCGCCGCAGCACGAGGGACGAAACUACUGCUCGCGGAAUGGGGCAUGCGAGCCUCGCACGAAGCGGCCGAAGCGCACGUUCUCGCCGUCAAGGUGCAGAUCGAGUCGCCCAAAGCAGGCGGCAACGUGCGAACGGUGUUGGAGCCGGAAGCACUCAAGACUUGCCUCAAGGGUGCAGAUUGGCGAUUGGAGAGGGAAGACUGGAUCGACAGUCCUGAGAAGAUGGACGACGGGAAGUGGGAGGUGGUGAUGACGCGGAAGCAGUUUGCUGAGAAGUCGCCCGGGGGCAUCAUUGGGGAUUAUCUCAAGAAGAUGGAGGAGGCAGCAGAGCGGGCUUCGGGCGUUCUUCGCUCUAUGGACGUCUGGACUAGUGUUUCUGUAGUUUGA